ACCCGCGUCAAGCCGCACCUUAAUGUGGGCACCAUCGGCCACGUUGACCACGGCAAGACCACGCUGACUGCCGCCAUCACAAAGGCACGCACAUGCAUGCGGCCUGCCAGAUGGGGCAAGGCGCCGCUGGCUGGCCCCGCCGGACCGGCAACCUGCGGCUGCUGCCGCGUGCAGGUGCUGGCUGAGGAGGGCAAGUCCAAGGCCAUUGCCUUUGAUGAGAUCGACAAGGCGCCCGAGGAGAAGGCAAGAGGCAUCACUAUCGCCACCGCCCACGUUGAGUACCAGACAGACAAGCGGCACUAUGCUCACGUGGACUGCCCCGGCCACGCCGAUUACGUGAAGAACAUGAUCACGGGAGCAGCGCAGAUGGAUGGCGCCAUCCUGGUGGUGUCUGCCACAGACGGGCCCAUGCCACAGACGCGGGAGCACAUCCUGCUGGCGCGGCAGGUGGGCGUGCCCUCCAUCGUGUGCUUCCUCAACAAGAUCGACAUGGUGGAGGAUGAGGAGCUGGUGGAGCUGGUGGAGAUGGAGCUGCGGGAGCUGCUGUCCUUCUACAAGUUCCCAGGCGAUGACAUUCCCAUUGUGCGCGGCUCCGCGCUGGCGGCGCUGAAGGGAGAUAACGAGAAGAUUGGCAAGCAGGCCAUCCUGAAGCUGAUGGAUGAGGUGGACCGCUACAUCCCGGACCCUGUGCGCGCCCUGGACAAGCCCUUCUCCAUGCCUGUGGAGGACGUCUUCUCCAUCCAGGGGCGCGGCACGGUGGUGACUGGUCGGGUGGAGCAGGGCAUUGUGAGGACGGGGGAUGAGGUGGAGAUUGUGGGCAUCCGGCCCACCAGCACCAAGAGCACGGUGACGGGCGUGGAGAUGUUCAAGAAGCAGCUGAACGAGGGACAGGCAGGCGACAAUGUGGGCUUGCUCAUCCGCGGCAUCAAGCGCGACGAUGUGGAGCGCGGGCAGGUGGUGUGCAAGCCGGGCAGCAUCAAGCCCCACCGCAAGUUCAAGGGAGAGAUCUACGCGCUGAGCAAGGAGGAGGGCGGCCGCCACACCCCCUUCUUCUCAAACUACAAGCCGCAGUUCUUCUUCCGCACAGCAGACAUCACGGGCACCGUCACCCUGCCAGAGGGGACUGAGAUGGUGAUGCCAGGCGACAAUGUCACCUGCACGUUUGAGCUCAUCUGCCCCGUCGCCAUGGAGCAGGGCCUCCGCUUUGCCAUCCGCGAGGGCGGCCGCACCGUGGGAGCCGGCGUGGUGGGCGAGGUCGUGGAGUGA